AUGGAGAACGGCCAAACGGAAGCACAAGACGAGAUGGAGGACGUGUCGGAAGAAGAAGAAGAAGAAGAGGUGGAGAUGAACCUGGAGAUCGUUCAGCUGCAGGGCCUGGUGGCGGAGCUGCGCGAGGGGCUCCACGCCGCUCUGACGGAGCUGUGCGAGCUGCGCCAGAGGGACCGCGGCCUGGAGGCGGAGCUCCGAGAUCACCAGACCCACAUGGACGACAAGAUCAUGGGCCUGAAGAACUCACUCAACACUUUCAAGGAGGAGCUUAAUGCGGCGUUGUUGCACAUACACGACGUUUCCAUCCGGCAGCGUUCGGUGCAGAAGAGGAUCGAACUGUUGUCGUCCGAAAACACCAAAGACUUCAUCUUUGUUCCACAGAGAAAGAGCUCCAGAGAUGUGCUGUCGGCACCGGGAGACGAACACAUCCAACACCUCUGUUCCAGUCUGCAGAGGAGCCACACCUCCGAGCAGGAGGCCCAGCAGCAGAGCGGCUGUCCGUCCACGUCUCCGUGGGGGGAGAGGAGGAGGAGCCGAGACGACACGGAGACGCUCGGCAUCCAGACGGAAAACAGUAGGAGGCAGCGAGUGGCUCUGGAGCUGCUGGAGUCAGAGAGGGUUUACGUGUCUCACCUGUCUCUGCUGCUGAAGGCCAACAUCUCCUUCAACGGGUCCGACGCUCUCGGCUGCAAAGACAAGCGCCCGUUUCCCAGCACCCUGAGGUUUCUGAUCCAGCAGCACCUUGAGCUCCUUCACACUCUCCAGGAACGUGUGCUCAAGUGCCAGUGGCAAGGCAUCAUGGGAGAUGUGUUCAUGAGGCUCACCAGCAAAGAGAGCGACUUCUUGGACUUUUAUGUCUCCUAUCUGAAGGAGCUUCCGGACUGUCUGUCGGUCGUCUCCGUGCUCGCCUCCAGCUCCAUGAAAUCUUCUGCGUUCCUGGAGAGUGAAAUAAUGGGCGACGAAUCCAGACCCUCCCUCCACACUCUACUCCUUCAGCCGGUUCAGAGGAUCCCUGAGUACCUGCUGCUGCUGCAGGGGCUGCUGAGGCAGACGAAUGCAGAGCACCCGGACUACUACCUGCUACUGGUCGGCAUCCAGCAGUUCCGGUCCUUCUUGGCUCAGUACCACCACCUCCUGCAGCACAACCAGGAGCUUCUGCUACACAACCGCAAGGAGGUGAAGAGGUCGACCAUGACGCAGCUGUUGAAGACGGUGGAAAGUGGGAUUCAAGCUAACAACAUUGGCUCCCCGUACCCAUGCAACAGUGCCAUGUUAGAACAUACCAACCAGGUGAAGCGGAGCAAGCAGCGUCUCCUGGAGCAGAUCCAGUCCCAUCGUUUCCAGGACUGGGACCGGGAUCCCGAAACUCACUGUUACGACUCAGAGUGGCCCCCCCAGCUCCCGUUCUUCAGCCCAGACCUGGACUCGCGGAACCACAAACCAACAGGUCUCGGCAGUAUCCCAGAGAGCGAGGCGUCCGAGAUGGCCACGUCGUGCCAGCAUCUCCUGCCCUCCAGACCCGCAGACUUCCGCCAGGUCCAACCGGGCUCUGCUCUGGCCGACGCCCUCGGAGAGUUCCUCCUCCCCCCAGACCCUCCGGGGAUGGAGAGCCUCUAUGAGGAGGACCGAGGCUCCCUUCACGACGUGCCCAUGUUCGACCGCUGCUCCUCCUCCUCUUCAGAUUCCUCCAUCGACAUUGCCUUUGUGAAGUGCCCCAAAGCGCCCUCGGUGUCGCACCACGCGAUGGCGGCCAACGUGUCGGCGACCCGCGACGUCUUCGGCAACGGCGCGAGCAAUGGCAACGGUGGGAGCCACGGCAACGGUUACAAACUGCCCAACAGAGGAUGCGUGUCUCCGGAUGAAGCUGUAAUGAUGCGCCGCAAUCAGCAUCGCCCCCUUCAGGCCAGCCAGCACAAGAGCAAGUCGCUGAACGGCCUGCAGAUGGACAACACCGGGGGGGCUCUGGAUGGGGGUCCGCUGUCAGACCACCUCCAGAGGUUGGGACUGGGCAGCCAUGCCAAGCUGGAGCGCCAAGGCAGCAAGGGCAGCAAAGGGUGUCCCACCCCGUCCCGUAAGGUCCACAGCCCCCUGGGGAACCGAGCGGAUAUCGACAAACAGGGCGAUGACCUGCACGGGCUGCUCAGCAUUGAUGCCGGGUUUCAAUCAUGGGGGGAGGAGUCAAAGUGGAGGGGCGGGGCCGAGGAGAAUAACCACGCCCACUUCAGCGAGAGGAGUCGGAAGCAAGACAAAGGAGGCUUCAGGAGCUCCUUCAAGAAACUCUUCAAGAAGAAGAGCAGUGACGAGAAGAAAGAGAAGGGAGGUGAGAAAACACCAGAAAACAACGGCGACCACGAGACGCCGGGGAAACAUCCCAAACCGGCCCAUCUGGAGAUCAACCGUGGAACGGCCGUAUGA